AGCACUAUAUAAAUCGAGACGAUCGCCCCAUUCAGCACAUUCAGUCUCUUAUCGUAGCACGCUUAAGAUAUUCUUUUCGAGCUAGUUUAAAUCAGCACGCAUCAAACAAUUUAUCACCAUGAAAUACUUUGUAGCCGUUCUUUUAUUGGCCGCUGUCGUUUUUGCCGACGCUGAAUGGAAAAUUCAAACCGCAGAAAAUUUAAAUGCAUACCGCCCAGAGUGUGCCAACUCACUCAGCAUACCCGAAGACAAAGUGAAUGAAUACAAAAAAUGGAAUUUCCCCAACGACGAGAAGACACAGUGCUAUAUCAAGUGCAUCUUCGGUAAAAUGGGACUUUUCAACGAGAAAGAUGGCUUCAAUGUUGAACAUUUGGUGAAACAAUUGGGCCAAGGCAAAAACGAAACCAUCAUCCGACCAGAAGUCGUCAAGUGCGCUGACAAAAACCCACAAAAAACGAACGCCUGCCAAUGGGCAUACCGUGGUUUUGACUGCUUCAAGAAGGCACAUUUGGAUUUGGUUCAAACUAGCGUCAAGAAGAACUAAAUUCCGACACCAACACCAGACUACUGUGCUUAUGAUGAACGAAUGAACGGACUUGAUCACACAAUCAUCUACGAUAAAAUUAAAAGCAGAAAUCACAUUAUUGUGACUAUUGAAAAAUCAUUUUUGUUAUUUCUUAGAGAGAAUCAAUAAAAACGCAAUUGCAACUGAAUAA